AUGUUGGUGAGGGUGAUGAGUGCUUGUUCACAGUCUGAGUGUAUAGAGCGAGCGAGAGCAUACGCAACCGGUACGCAACUGUCCAAAAAGCCAUUCAACUCCCUGUCUCGCAGUUCACAUCCGACCUCGGCAGUCACUCACACACAGUCGAAACCGGUUUCCAGGAUCUCCGCAGCCACCACCACCGNGCACCGAAUACGAGCACAUCUCUCUAGUUCUGCACCGUCCAGUCCGAAUCCAACUACUCCUAUUGGCUCCGUUCGGGGACAUCAAUCAGUUCCCGGACCGCGUAGCACCUCAUGCUCACAAUUGCCCCGGGCACAAGAUCGGAAACAGGCUGGGUCCGGUCGCAGUCAUACAAAAUUCGAUAUCAAUAACCGAUGGGAGACUCAGGUCAAUUCGUGGACACAAACCGGUCGGGCACGAAUUGUACGAGCACACUCGUUUCAUGGUUUGCCCCCGCGUCUGAAAGUGGCUCAAACAUUUGUGCUUCCCAAAUCCGCUUCUUAUGGUUCUCUGCGUGGCGCGGAUCGUGCUACUGGUCGUAAACCUGCUCAGUUCACUGUGGGCAAUCGAAAGUCAAAACAGCCGGAUUGUCAGCAAACCACCGAACCGAGGACGGCGGUUGGUGCUCACGCGGACUCGGAGAUUGAGUCCAAGCCGACCAGUGCAACGAAAGAUCCUAUCGUGGAUGAAACUGUUCCACCGGUAGUUCGUAGUGACGAAACCUAUGACGAGCUGACAGAUGUCGAAAGGCUCGGCACGGGUGCAUCACUCCAGUCGUUCUGUGAGCUGCUCACUGCCGUCCUGGCCGAACAGAGGCGUUGUUGUGGACGACCAUCCAAUUUGGACGAAAUGAGCUCCGAACAAAUAUUUCAAGAAAAAGUCGACUUGCAAAAAGGCCUGCUUUACUUCGAGCGAUUGCAUGGGCGACCGACUGAUAGUGAUGCGAAACGCAUCAUGAAGCCUCUGUACGAACGUUACCGUCAGGUAAAACGAUUACUUCGUGCAGAUUUGGCUCGUUCCAUGCUGACAGCCACGUCAGGGAUCGAGGCUUCGACCACGGGCACGUCUGUACCAAGAGUGAUAGUGCAGCCAGUCCGGGAACAGAACAACCCCAAUGGAUCCACCGAUUUGCCGAUCUCACAUGCUUCUGUCGAAAAUGCCUCAAAGAAUAUUUCGCCCUCCGUAUUUCCGACUCCUUGUUCCGGUGGGUUAACCGAACGAGCGGAUUCGCGAUUAUCUGCCUUGUCCGACUUUCGUCCGACCGAUUCUUUCGUAUCCAGUCUUCCCGAAUCGCCGAAACGUGAGCCCCAACAACCGUGUCCGUCGGUCGUGAUUUCAACGUCCACGCAGCAAGAAACAAGUACUACUCCACCCGGAUUACAAGGCGAACAUAUGAAUUCCCGCUAUCACCCACCCAUCACACGAGAAGAACUGCUUUUGGAAUGGAGACACAUAUGGGGAAAGAAACGGGCGUUGCAACACGAAUUGCGCGAGUUCGAAACCAGUAUUGAACAAGUAAAAGGCCGUCCACCAAGCAAGUCAGACCGCAGACCCAUGCGUGACAAAUAUCACGAGUAUCGCUCAUUAAAACGCACCCUGGAAUCGCUAGCUCUACGACUCAAUAUGGAACCGUCCCUUGGAAUCGAUUCUUCCAGCCCAAAUGCAUCUGGUCAGUCAGUUCGGGGAUCACAUUGCCCGCCAGAACCGGAUAUGAAGACGCAUACAUCCGUGUCAGCCAUUAGAACUCCGUGA